AUGGCCCUCCCCGAGGCAAACAUGAGCUCGACACGCUCAGAGCAAAGCAGUCGCAGCCACGACACAAUCGUCGGCAAUGAGCAACCUCACUCCGAAAAACCUGCCGCUUCCGCCCCAGGCGACCAGAUGAGUUCAGACGACGAAGAUGAAGGCCCCCAGACCGAAGAGAUGAUCCGACGACACUCUAUCGUUAGAGAUCUCGCCCGCAACUACACAAACACUUCGCAUCACUUUACCGGUAGCAGCGCCGACCUCUUCAACGCUGCCGACGCAAACUCCCCUCUCAACCCCUCCAGCGAGAACUUCAACGCCAGGGCAUGGGCCCGCGCCAUGGCCAAGACAAUGGGUGAGAACGGCUCCGGCUUUCGUCAGAGCGGUCUCUGCUUCCAGGACAUGAACGUCUUUGGAUACGGUGCCGAAACAGAUUACCAGAAGGACGUCGGUAACGUCUGGCUCGGACUGCCCGACAUGGUGCACCAGAUGAUCUCUCCGAAUGCCAACAAGCGCAGAAUUGACAUUCUUCGCGGCUUCGAUGGUGUAAUCAACGCAGGAGAAAUGUGUGUCGUCUUGGGCCCCCCUGGUUCAGGCUGCUCCACGUUCCUCAAGUCCAUCUCUGGUGAGACCAACGGUAUCUAUAUUGAUGACAGCACCUACUUCAACUACAACGGUAUCCCUGCUGAGGAGAUGCACAAGAGCCACGCUGGUGAGACCAUCUACACAGCCGAAGUCGACAUCCACUUUCCCAUGCUCUCGGUAGGUGACACGCUCACCUUUGCCGCCCGCGCACGAUGCCCCCAGAACCUCCCACCCGGUAUCGACCACAACCUGUACAGCGAGCACAUGCGCGACGUUGUCAUGGCCAUGUACGGCAUUAGCCACACCAUCAACACCCAAGUCGGCGACAACUACAUCCGAGGUGUAUCUGGAGGUGAGAGAAAGCGAGUCACCAUCGCCGAAGCGACGCUCUCCAACGCCCCCUUCCAAUGUUGGGACAACUCAACCCGUGGUUUGGAUUCAGCCAACGCCAUCGAGUUCUGCAAGACGUUGCGUUUGCAAUCCGAGCUCUUUGGACAGACUUGCGCUGUCUCGAUCUACCAAGCACCCCAGACAGCGUACGAUCUCUUCGACAAGGCCCUCGUCAUCUACGAAGGACGUCAGAUCUUCUUUGGUCCCGCCGACGAAGCAAAGGCCUACUUUAUCAACCUCGGCUUCGAAUGUCCCGACCGUCAAACAACGCCUGAUUUCCUUACGUCCAUGACUGCGCCAUCUGAACGCGUUGUCCGUCCUGGCUGGGAGAACAAGGUCCCACGCACACCCGAUGAGUUCCACGCCCGUUGGAAGGAGAGCCAGCAGUACCAGAUUGUCCGCGCCGAGAUUGAGAGCUACAAGAGCCUCUACCCCCUCAACGGUUCCAGCGCCGACGCCUUCCGCGAGAACAAGCAUUCCGCACAGGCAAAGGGCCAACGACUCAAGUCCCCCUUCACCCUGUCGUACAUGCAACAAGUCCAGCUUUGUUUAUGGCGAGGUUUCAGGCGUCUACUUGGAUCGCCAGGUGUAACCAUUUUCCAGCUCAUUGCCAACACGGCCGUUGCAUUCAUCGCCUCGUCACUCUUUUACAACAUGAAACCUGAAACCGGAGACUUCUUCAAACGUGGCGCGACUCUGUUCUUGGCUGUCCUGUCCAACGCUUUUGCCUCUGCCCUCGAAAUCUUGACCCAGUAUUCUCAGCGGCCUAUCGUCGAAAAACAAGCUCGCUAUGCCUUUUACCACCCCUCUGCUGAAGCGUUCGCUUCCAUCCUUGUCGAUAUGCCCUACAAGAUAACAAACAGUAUUCUGUUCAAUGUCACGCUGUAUUUCAUGACGAAUUUGAACAGAGAUGCUGGUGCAUUCUUCUUCUUCCUUCUUGUCUCCUUCAUCAUGGUCCUCGCUAUGUCUGGUGUCUUCAGAUCCAUUGCUUCGCUGUCUCGUACCCUGUCUCAAGCCAUGGUUCCAGCUUCGCUUCUCAUCCUGGCCCUCGUCAUCUUUGCAGGCUUCGUCGUUCCAGUGGAUUACAUGCUGGGUUGGUGUCGCUGGAUCAACUAUCUAGACCCAGUCGCCUACGGUUUUGAGUCCCUCAUGGUGAACGAAUUCUCUGGCCGCAACUUUACCUGCACCGCCUUUGUCCCGAAUGCUCAGAUUCCCGGUUACGCCGACGUUGGAGGUCUGAACAGGGCUUGCUCAACAGUUGGCGCCAUCCCAGGUCAGAGCUACGUCAACGGCGACGCCUACAUCAACCUCGAGUACAAGUACUUCCACGCUCACAAGUGGCGCAACGUCGGUAUUCUCAUCGCCAUGACAAUCUUCAACCACGUCGUCUACAUCGUCGCCACCGAGUUCAUCUCCGCCAAGAAGUCCAAGGGUGAGGUCCUCGUCUUCCGCCGCAGCAACAUGCCCUCCAAGGCCAAGUCGGACCCCGAAGCCUCAUCUUCCCGCCCCAUCCCCACUACCGAGAAGAACAACAACGAAGUCGCCAACAUCCAGGGUUCCACCAGUGUUUUCCACUGGAACGACGUGUGCUACGACAUCAAGAUCAAGGGUGAACCACGACGCAUUCUCGACCACGUUGACGGCUGGGUCAAGCCCGGAACACUCACAGCCUUGAUGGGUGUGUCGGGUGCUGGAAAGACUACUCUUCUCGACUGUCUCGCUGAUCGUAUCUCUAUGGGUGUCAUCACUGGUGAAAUGCUUGUCGACGGCAAGAUCCGCGACUCCUCGUUCCAGCGCCGAACAGGCUACGUGCAGCAGCAGGAUCUUCACUUGGAAACCAGCACCGUUCGCGAGGCUUUGACUUUCAGCGCUCUUCUUCGUCAACCCGCUUCCACGCCGCGUGAAGAGAAGAUCGCCUACGUUGAUGAAGUUAUCAAGCUGUUGGACAUGCAAGAGUACGCAGAUGCAGUCGUCGGUGUCCUCGGUGAGGGUCUCAAUGUUGAACAGCGCAAGCGUCUAACAAUCGGUGUUGAGCUCGCUGCCAAACCCCCUCUACUCCUCUUCGUCGACGAACCUACUUCCGGUCUUGACUCGCAGACAUCCUGGGCUAUCCUCGAUCUCCUGGAGAAGCUGUCCAAGGCAGGUCAAUCUAUCCUGUGCACCAUCCAUCAACCGUCAGCCAUGCUCUUCCAACGCUUCGAUCGUCUCUUGUUCCUCGCCAAGGGCGGACGCACAAUCUACUUUGGUGACAUUGGCAAGAACUCUGAGACUCUGACCAACUAUUUCGUCAAGCACGGCUCUCAGGAAUGUCCCAAUGGCGAGAACCCUGCUGAGUGGAUGCUUGAGGUUAUUGGCGCAGCACCUGGUUCCCAUACCGACAUCGACUGGCAUCAGACGUGGCGAGACAGCUCCGAGUACCAAGCUGUCCAGACUGAGCUUCAGCGCCUCAAGGCUGAGGGUAGUGCCAAUAGUGUUGAUCAGAAGAGUGAUCCCGAGUCGUACCGCGAGUUUGCUGCGCCCUUUGGACAGCAGCUUCUCAUCGCCACUAAACGUGUCUUUGAGCAGUACUGGCGCACCCCCUCGUACAUCUACUCCAAGGCUGCUCUGUGUAUCCAGGUUGGAUUGUUUCUCGGUCUUGUGUUCCUCAAUGCUCCGUUGAGUCUUCGAGGUUUGCAGAACCAGAUGUUUGCUAUUUUCCAGAUGUUGACUGUCUUUGGUCAACUGGUUCAGAUGCAGAUGCCUCACUUUGUCACCCAACGAUCCCUCUACGAAGUCCGCGAACGACCCUCCAAGACGUACAGCUGGAAAGUGUUUAUGCUAUCCCAGAUCAUAGCCGAGAUCCCUUGGAACACCCUCAUGUCGGUCUUUUUGUUUGUCUGCAUCUACUACCCUGUCGGCUUCAACAAGAACGCCGAGUUCGCCGGUCAGACAGCCGAACGCGGUGGUCUCAUGUGGCUGCUCAUCUGGCAAUUCCUCAUCUUCACGUGUACCUUUGCCCACGCCGCCAUCGCCAUCACCGACACAGCUGAAGCAGGUGGUAACUUGGCCAACGUCGUCUUCAUGAUGUCGCUCUUCUUCUGUGGUGUUUUGGCGGCGCCCGAUAAGAUGCCCGGCUUCUGGAUCUGGAUGUACCGUGUUUCGCCAUUUACCUAUCUCGUGUCGGCUAUUCUGUCGACUGGUAUUGCGAAUGCAGAGGUGAAGUGCGCGGCGAAUGAGUUGACCACGUUUAAUCCCACCAACGGAACCACCUGCGGAGAGUAUAUGGAUUCAUACAUCAAGGCAGCUGGUGGUUACUUGACCAACCCCGAUGCUACCUCGGAUUGCAAGUUCUGCACCAUCAAGUCCACCAACGUCUACCUCAAGGCUCUUAGCGCCAGCUACGAUGACCGCUGGAGAAACUUUGGUAUCGGAAUGGUGUACAUUGUCGUCAACAUUGUUGGCGCACUGUUCCUGUACUGGCUUAUCCGCAUGCCCAAGAACAAGAACAAGAAGAAGACGGCAUAA